CAGUGGCACUUGCUGGGUCGGCAUUUCGAGCUCAAGAAAGUUGUUUUCGUUGUUUUUUCUGCUGGCUUGCUGGACGGUGCACGUAGCGUGCUGAAGUAUUGCCGUGCAGGCCGCUAGCAGCAACAGUGGCGAGGCAGAGGAAGAGGAAGAGCAGCAGAAGUCAUGACCGACUCCAAGUAUUUCACUACCACCAAGAAGGGUGAGAUAGCCGAGCUCAAAGCAGAUCUGGCCGGCGACAAGAAGGAGAAAAAGAGAGAUGCCGUGAAGAAAAUCAUCGCCAACAUGACAGUGGGAAAGGACGUGAGCACGCUAUUUCCCGAUGUGGUGAAUUGUAUGCAGACGAGUGAUGUGGAAUUGAAGAAACUGGUCUACCUGUACCUGAUGAACUACGCCAAGUCCCAUCCGGAUAUGGCCAUUAUGGCUGUGAACACCUUCGCACGAGAUUGCGAGGAUCACAACCCUCUGGUUCGUGCCCUGGCAGUACGCACCAUGGGAUGUAUUCGUGUGGACAAAAUCACGGAAUAUCUAUGCGAUCCUCUCCGCAAGUGCCUCAAAGAUGACGAUCCGUACGUGCGUAAAACAGCAGCUGUGUGUGUGGUGAAAAUGCACGAUAUCAACGCCAGCCUUGUGGAAGACCAGGGCUUCCUGGAUCUGCUCAAGGAUUUGGUGUCUGACGCCAAUCCAAUGGUGGUGGCCAAUGCUGUUGCAUCUCUGACGGAAAUCUGCGACAACAGCCCAUCAGCACGCAGCCAGUUUGAGCUGAACCCAGCGUUGGUGAACAAGCUGCUGACAUCGCUCAACGAAUGCGCAGAGUGGGGCCAAGUGUUCAUUCUGGAUAGUCUUGCACUGUACGUGCCCAAAGAGGAACGCGAGGCCAAGAGCAUCUGCGAGCGAGUGACGCCGCGUCUCAACCACUCCAACUCCGCAGUUGUACUCUCAGCAGUGCGCGUUAUCAUGCGCCUGAUGGAACUCCUCGAGCAAAAUGCUGACUAUCACAAGUCAUUGCUAGCUAAGCUGGCCCCGCCGCUUGUGACUUUACUGUCUAGCGAGCCAGAGAUCCAGUAUGUUGCACUACGCAACAUUUCACUCAUCGUUCAGAAGCGCCCCGAUAUCUUGACGUCCGAGAUCAAGGUCUUCUUCGUCAAAUACAAUGACCCGAUCUAUGUGAAGCUGGAGAAGCUGGAUAUCAUGAUUCGCCUGUGUAACAAGGGCAACAUUCAGUCGGUCUUGCCUGAACUGAAGGAGUAUGCUGCUGAGGUUGAUGUGGACUUUGUGCGCAAGUCCGUCCGUGCCAUUGGCCGCUGUGCAAUCAAAGUGGAAUCUGAAGCUGAGCGUGCUGUUCAGACUCUGCUCGAUCUCAUCCAGACCAAGGUCAACUACGUGGUGCAGGAAGCUGUCGUCGUCAUCAAGGACAUCUUCCGCAAGUAUCCCAACAAGUAUGAGAGCAUCAUCUCUACGCUCUGCGAGAACCUCCACUCGCUUGAUGAGCCGGAUGCGCGUGCUUCUAUGAUCUGGAUCUUGGGAGAGUAUGCUGAGCGCAUCGACAAUGCCAGUGAGCUACUGGAGUCGUUUGUGGAGCACUUUGCUGACGAGCCAACACAUGUCCAGCUGCAGCUGCUGACCGCCGUCGUGAAGCUGUUCCUGAAGCAACCCAACGACACGCAAACACUAGUGCAAAGUGUACUUAGUCUGGCUACACAGGAAAGCGACAACCCAGACUUGCGCGAUCGCGGAUAUAUCUACUGGCGACUGCUGUCCACCGACCCAGGUGCUGCCAAGACGGUUGUCCUCGCUGAUAAGCCACAUAUCUCUGAAGAGACGGAUCUUCUAGAACCUGCGUUGCUCGAGGAGCUCAUUUGUCACAUAGCCAGCUUGUCCUCGGUCUAUCACAAGCCGCCGGCCACGUUUACUGAGCGCAAGACUCCCCAUCGGUCCGUCACGCUGCCGCAAAAAGCAGAGCCAACUCCAGGAAGCUCCACGGCCGAGCCAGCAGCACCAGCAGCGGCAGCGCCAGCAGCAGCUCCAGCCGCGGCAGGCAUUCCUGCUGCCACCGUCAUCCCUACGCCGUCCAUCCCAGGACAGGAUAAUCUCAUUGGCGACCUGCUCUCACUGGAUUCAAGACCGCCGCCAGCCCAACAGGCCGGGUCAGGCGACAUUCUCUCCGAGUUAAGUGCUCUAGGUCUUGCCGAUCCGUCUCUUUCUGUAGCUCCUCAGGCACCGGGAACUGCUGGCGGCGGCGCUGGUUUCCCAGUGGCAAACGGCACGGGAGCGGGCGCAGGUGACCUCUUCAGUUUGCAAUCGGUUGGUAUGUUUCAGAGCGGUACGUCGUACACUGCGCCAAAGUCCGUAUGGCUUGAGGCUGCUCAAGGAAAGGGUUGCAUGGUGGAAGGCACGUUCUCUCGCCGCCAGAGUCAGAUCUACGCCGACUUAACUAUCAACAACCGUGCUAUGCAGGCCAUGACAGCAUUUGCCGUCCAGUUCAACAAGAACAGCUUUGGCCUCACCCCUGGUACACCGUUGCAAAUUCCACAUCCGAUCGCUGCGAACCAGUCGAUCCAGACAUCGCUGGCCAUCAACACCAACGGCCCUGUACAGCGCGUGGAUCCUCUUACUCUUCUGCAGGUAGCCAUGAAAAACAACAUCGACGUCUUCUACUUUUCCUGUCAGGUUCCGUACUGGGUCCUGUGGGACGAGAAUGGGCAAAUGGAGAGGAAAGUGUUCUUGGCAACGUGGAAAGAUAUCCCGAACACCAACGAAGUACAGUCGAUGCUGUCCGAUAUCAGCCUGACGCCAGAUGCAGCGGAGGGCAAGCUGAAGAACAACAACGUCUUCACCAUCGCCCGCCGUACAGUCGAAAUACAAGAGCUCCUCUACGUGUCUCUCAAGUUCACCAAUGGCAUCUGGGUACUCGGUGAGCUGAAGUUCACACCAGGCGGUACAAGUGUUGCACUGGCCCUGAAGACGCGUGCCACUGAUGUAGUAGCCGGCGUCCAGCAAUCCCUUGACACCAUCCUACGUAACGCGUAAGCAACGGCAGAUUGACAGAAACUUGCGAAGCCUCGUGCGCAAUUCGUGCUGGCAUUGUUUCCCUCUCUGCUGAAGUAUUUUUUGUUCAGUAGCCAAUAUUCAAUUUGUUCAAUAGGAAAUUCUCAAUUUGAGAGGCUAGGUGGAGUAGAUGAAAUGUAUGCAUUAUGGAUGUGGCAUGGUUUGCUAUUACAUGUACAUCCGUACUUGCGCUGCUGCCGUAUUGUGUGCUGUAGUGUUGGAGACACCACUGACACGGGUUGAUCUAUUUUAUCGCAGGCAUCCUUUUCUUUUGCUGCUGCUCUCUUGUGACGUCGUCAGAUUGGCUGCUCACUAUGCGUUCCUUUGCCUGUCCAGGCACUGCCGCAUGGUGGCUGCAUUUUUAGGAUAUAUAAUUAUAUGUGUAGUAUUGUGUACACAUCAUCACUUCUCAUUGUUUGUUUUUCUGUUCUUUUUUUAGUGGCGGGGAAAUUCCCCUGGCCGUGCAUUGUUGUUUUCUACUUUGACGUUGGUUGCAUUGGAGAUGUCACCCUAGUUUGAUCUACACUGCUACCAGGUAUGUGUACAGCACUGCAAUCUGAUGUUUCUCGCAGUAAAGCGAUUAUCUUGUUUUCUUCUUCAGAAUAGAAUGGCGUCAUCGUGUUUGCAAAUUCUUCGAAUAAUAUAAGAAUUAUAGAGCUUGA